AUGUCCGGAGAAUCUAGUCUGCGGAAGUUGAGCAUCAACAUUAGCGAAUGGGCGGAUUACAAAGCAGGCGACGAAUUCCCGGAUCCGAAGUGGGUUUUUGAAUUUUUUGAGAUUUUUUAAAUUUUAUUUUAAAAAUUUAAAUUUUAGGUAAUAACAUCAAAAUUUUAGGUAGUAAAAUCAAAAUUUUAGGUAUUAAAAUCAAAAUUUUAGGUAUUAAAAUCAAAAUUUUAGGUAUUAAAAAUCAAAACUUUAGGUAAUAAAAUCAAAAUUUUAGGUAUUAAAAUCAAAAUGUAAGCCCCAAAACUCAAAAACUAACCCUCCAAGUUUAGGAAACUAGUUCCAGCAUUAGAUCGUCCGUUGCGCACGUCAUUCGGUUCACAAGAGCAGUACGUCGCUUUAUGGUAUCGGCACGGGCACCCGGUGAUGGGCAGGGUAUGGUCAUAUAACGGCCGGAUCGAGGCCUCCUUCUCGGACGGCGACAAAGAAUUCACUGGGAAAUCGGUCGGUUCGCUUCAAAUCCUCGUCAAACCAUUAAAAGACCAAUGCGGUUUCGCCUACUGUUGGCGGCCGAUCGGCGACGUCUCCCGCUUCGACAACAAAGAUCAUCUUCCUGUUCACAUCAACUUUGUCACUCCUUGUAUCCUGACCACGCCGGAAGGCUACGAAACAUUAGGUAUGUUUUUAUGUUGUUUGGAUUGCUUGGUAACAUAAAAUGAUAGAUUGGCUGGUUAGGCAGCCGUUUUUGGUCAUUUGGCCGCCGUUUUUUAUAAUUGGCAGCCGUUUUUAUAUACUCAUGUUUUAAAUAGUUUGUAAGCUUUAUUUCUGUUUAGAUUUUAUAAAAAUUACAAGAAAGUUAUUAAUUUUCACAAGAUACACCUAUUUUAAUAUUAUCCAUGACAUGUCAUUGUCGUUGUUUGAGAAAAAGUUAUGUAUCUCUGCCAAUUUGACAAAGUUAAAACCAAAUAAAAACAAAUGUAAACAUUUUGUUUUAUCAUAAAAUUUAAAAAAUUUAAAACUUUUUUAUUUCAGGCGGAGCUAACUUAAAAGAAGAAUAUGCGUUGUCAACAAUUAAUGGACAUGUCAUAAGAUACUCGGGAAAACAAUUGCAAAAUUUUAACAUCUUAUGCAGGAAGCUAUGCGACGAUACGAUGCAAAUCUGA